AUGGCAGCCGACACAGAACCCCAGAUCGAAAAGAUCGAGACCGCCGCACCAACUAAGAUCCCAUACUGGCGCUUGGUCUUUGACCAAGGUGUCGUCACACAAGAGGUCAUCGACCACCCAUACCCCGGCGCAGGAACAGACGACGACCCAUUCGCCGUAACAUGGAUCCCCAAUGAUCCUCGCAAUCCCAUGAACUUCAGCGAGGCCAAGAAGUGGUCGUUUACUAUGCUCGUAGCUAUUGCUACACUGGCUGUUGCUUUGGUUUCGUCCGCCUAUACUGGCGGUAUUCAGGAGAUCAUGAUCGAUUUCGGUAUAGGGAAAGAGCUGGCUACUCUUGGUGUUUCGCUUUUCGUUUUGGGUUUUGCGAUUGGUCCUUUGCUCUGGGCUCCGCUUAGUGAGCUGUACGGUCGCCAGAUUCUUUUCGUUACCACCUAUGCUGCUCUUACGGCUUUCAACGCUGGUGCUGCUGGUGCUCAGAAUAGCUGGACUCUUAUUAUCCUGAGAUUCUUUGCUGGUUCAUUUGGUUCCUCGCCUUUGACCAAUGCCGGUGGUGUCAUUGCCGACAUGUUCCCCGCUAGGCAGCGUGGUGUCGCCAUGUCCCUCUUCGCAGCUGCUCCCUUCUUGGGCCCAGUUUUGGGCCCGAUUAUUGGAGGGUUCCUCGGUAUGAACGCUGGAUUCAGAUGGGUCCUUGGUUUCUUGGCUGCAUUCUCUGGAGCAGUAUGGAUUAUGGGUUCUCUGUUGAUCCCCGAGACCUAUGCGCCUGUUCUUUUGCGCCGCCGUGCUGAGAGACUCUCAAAGCUGUCUGGAAAGAUCUAUCGCAGCAAGAUCGACAUUGAUCAGGGCAAGGUCUCCCUUAAGAACUCCUUUAAGAUCUCGCUUUCUCGCCCUUGGAUCUUGCUAUUCCGCGAACCUAUCGUCUUCCUCCUAUCACUAUAUAUGGCUAUCGUCUACGGUACCCUAUACAUGAUGUUCGCAGCCUUCCCUAUCGUCUAUCAACAGUCGCGGGGCUGGAACCAAGGCGUUAGCGGUCUCGCCUUCCUUGGAAUUAUGGUCGGCAUGUUAAUCGCAGUGGUCUACACCCUCUGGGAUAACAAGCGCUAUAUCAAAACCUCCGACAAACAUAACGGAUUCGCACCCCCCGAAGCCCGCCUCCCCCCAUGUUUAAUCGCCGCUAUCGCUAUCCCGGUUGGUCUCUUCUGGUUCGCCUGGACAAACUACACCUCAAUCCACUUUAUGGCUAGUAUCGCCGCCGGCGUCCCCUUCGGCUUCGGCAUGGUUCUCGUCUUCCUAGGAAUCAUGAACUACCUUAUCGACGCCUACACUAUCUUCGCCGCCUCCGUCCUAGCCGCAAACUCCGUCCUACGCUCCCUCUUCGGUGCCGUUUUCCCCCUCUUCACCACCUAUAUGUAUCAGAAUCUCGGCAUCCACUGGGCAUCCUCCGUGCCAGCUUUCCUCGCUCUCGCCUGCGUGCCUUUCCCCUUCCUCUUCUACAAGUACGGCCCUGCAAUCCGGACUCGCUGCAAGUUCGCCGCCCAGUCCGAGGCCUUCAUGCGCAAGGUCCAGGAACAAGCCGAUACUACUCCUGCUGAGGAGGAGAAGGUUGAAUAUGACCGCACUGAGGCACCUGUCCCUGAUAGCUCUGUGUCCAGUGAGUCGGAGGAUGGUGUUGGUCAGCUUCCUUCUGCGCAGCGCAUACGCAGUCAUGCUCACUCGGUUGCUUCAACUCGCACUGCUGGCUCGUUGCAUCGCUCGGUUACUUACGAGGGUAAUCCCUACGAUAUUGACCGUGUCAAUACUCGUGAGUCUUUCAAGAACUAG